GUAAUAGCAGCGAUCUUUCAUGGAGUGGCAAUCGCAUGCACUGUGUUGAGAUUGUCAUAUCGGUACUAUGUCGCACAACUGUGGUGGGAAGACAUGUGGGCAGCACUAUCACUGAUUUUCGAUUUGAUCUGCUUUACUUGUGCGUUCCUUGAACGACCACCGGCGUACAAUGGCCCAUGGUUGGUGGCCAAUCGAGUUUUUUGGCUCGUAUCCAUAGCCUUCCCUUGUGUUCUCUGGUUUGCGAGAGCCAGCAUCCUAUGCUCCCUCAUACGCGUCGCGAAUCCUGAAGGCUGCCUCGGAUAUGUCACUUAUGGAACCGGGAUCUCCUUCGCUAUUAUGUGGAUCGGGACCGUUGCGCAAAAACUUUAUGUUUGCGAAUACUAUGCAUGUAGAAUUCUUAAUUUUGUUGCGAUAACGCAACUCAUCACGGACAUAUUUUCAGAUGGGAUGUUAGUUGCCCUGCCCAUCCUGGUGUUCCGUGGCGUCCAACUACCCAAGAACCGGAAGAUACUGGUUUUGCUGUCAUUCACUGCAGCUAUUUUAAUCGCAGCCGUGACUAUCCUACACUCUGUAAUGUUAUUCGGGCCCAGUUCUACAGGCAUCGUCGUCAUCGGACACGUCAAGGCUGCUAUUUCACUCAUUGUCUGCGAUCUUCUCGUCUUGGUUACACUAGCGUAUCGUCUUUGCGGUUUUGAAGACAUCGAUGCAACGGACAACAGCGGAACUACCGUGGUGUUUACCAGCGUUGAUUUAGAACAGCUCGGAGCAGAU